AUGGAUCGGCGUAGCCCCAAAGAAUCCAGCCAGUUCGGUAUUUAUCAUGUUGAAAGGAAGACGCAUAUGGAGACACUCCCCUCAAUCGAAGAAUUGCCGACGAGAGACAAGAAUCAAUCAGGACAGAGCCGGUCAUUGGAGGAAUGGCUGCCGCGAAGUUACGCGAUGCUAAAUAGCGGUCAAGCAGCGACCUCGGCCACGUGUGAAGGAGGAACUGCGAGCGGGGACCGGCUUCGUCCCAACAUCAUCACCAACGACUACGCAAUUGAGGCAAUCAUGACAAGCCAAACGUCCGCAGACUCCUCAUCGGACGAUCGGGCUGCCUCAGACCCUCGCCCGUUGUGGCCGUCAAUGACCAAACGAUAUUGCGGCAUUCUAGAGAUAAUUAUCCGUUCCGCGCACGCUGUGGCAUGCACCAAAUAUCUUCAGCGGCCUCCUAUUGGCGGCACGCCCUCCAAGUCCCCCACCGGAGCCCCCGGCACAGCCGCUCCCGGCGAGAAUGGGUGCAUCUCCAACUGCGGCACCGACGUCAUCACCGGCCACACCCCCAAAAACACCUAUACCAUUGCCUACUUUGAGGCCUAUGACUGGGACCGCCCCUGCCUGCGCAUGGCCGCGGAUCAGAUCGACGCCUCCAAGUACACCCACGCUCACUUCUCAUUUGCUGUGCUCACCGACGACCUGUCCGUCAGCGUUGAUGACACGGCGACACAGUUUCAACUGUUCAGGACUCUGACGGGGAUUAAAAAGAUUGUUUCCAUCGGUGGCUGGGCAUUCUCCACAGAUCCCGCCACCUAUAAGAUAUUCCGCAGCGCCUUUCGCGGUGAGGUGAACCGCGGCAAGCUCAUCGACAAUGUCGUCAAGUUCCUGACGGACAAUGACCUGGAUGGCGUCGACUGGGACUGGGAGUACCCCGAUGAGCCUGACAUUCCCGGCAUCCCCCCCGGUACCCUCGACGACCAGGUCGGCUUCUACCUCUUCUUUCAACAGCUGCGAAAGAAGAUGCCCGAGGGCAAGUCUAUCUCCGUGACCGCGCCGGCGUCGUACUGGUAUUUGCAGCACUUCCCUAUCCAGGGCAUCAGCCUCGUCGUCGACUACAUCGUCUUCAUGACGUACGACCUGCACGGGCAGUGGGACUACACCAACAAGUACUCCUCCCCGGGUUGCGGCUCCUACGAGCAGGGGCUCGGCAACUGCCUGCGCUCGCACGUCAACCUCACCGAGACCAUCAACGCACUGUCCAGGAUCACAAAGGCCGACGUGCCAUCGGAUAUGAUCGUUGUUGGCGUCAGCAGCUACGGCCGCUCGUUCCAGAUGUCCGAGGCCGGCUGCUGGACGGAGCAGUGCACCUACACCGGCCCAGAGUCCGGCGCGUACAAGGGCCGCUGCACCGGCACCGCCGGCUACAUCUCUGACUUUGAGAUCAACGAGAUCCUGGCCCACAGCCCGUCGGCGCAGACGCACCUCGACCCGGGCCCGCAGAAUAAGGCCUUUCGCAAGCUUCUCUACAAGGGCAUGAACUUCCUCGGGACCGCCGACUGGGCCGUGGACCUGCAAUCCGAGAGCGGCGAGGAAUCUGAUGGGGCUGCUGACUCGCACAAGACCAUCUACGUCGACCCCAACAUCUGGCAGUCGGCCACGCAGCUUGUCACGGCGCCUCCCGGCGCGACCCUCGUGUGGCCGCCGAUGCCGCUCGCGUCGCCGACAACCAUCACCUUUGAGCCGUGGAGCACCGUGGUCAGCUACUCGAGCCCGACGAUCAAGACGACGACGCGAAGCGGCAUCACCUCGACGUAUCCGGCCAACGUCUACGUCACAUGGCACACCGUCCUGUCCAUCCCUCCGCUCGUCACCACGGCAAUCCCCGUCUGGGGCGUCGGGCUCAACAACGCGAGCAGCACCGGCGGCGGCCCCAUCAUCCUUACGAGCUCCGUGCAGCCGCCCCCGUUCCCGUUCACGGUCCAGGUCACACCCGUCAUCGACGGCACGACGUCAAUCAUCAGCCCUACGUCGACGUCGACGACGACACCAGCGGCCAUCAUCUGGGGCACCAAGACCUAUGUCCCGCCCGUGGAGACAGAGACGUUUGGGAAGAGCACCAUCAUUAUCGGAGGCAGGACCUUGCUUCCCACUGGCGUCGUCGUCACGCCCCAUCCGUACCCGUCUAGCAAACCCACGCCCGGCACGGUCGACCCGGUGCUCAACUCGAAGACACCGACGUGGAAAUCGGGCAAGGUACCGGAGCCCACUGCCCAGCCGGACUGUCACGGAUGCCGGAAGCCGUGCCUUCUUUGGUGCGACUCGGACUGCCCAUUCUGUCCACCAAGCGUCUUUGGCGGCGGCGGCAGCUCCGGCGGCGACCCGGACGACCCGGACGACCCGGAUCGGCCCGACGGACACCACACCAUCAUGCUCGACGGUCUACUUAGAGAGGAUGACUUUCCCGCGACGAUCGAUCCCUACGACGUGGCCACAUCCGUCGCCGAUGUGGAGUACUCCUGGUUCAAGUCGCCCCUACAACAACUGUCUCCAUACCGCCCGCAACAAAAAAAGCCCUACGCACGCUGCGUCAUCUCAGACAGCUUCCUCUUCUGGACGUUUUCCAUCUACGACAUUGAAGGUUGGGCGACCGAUGGCGGCAAGAAGCUCCACAAGGAGGAGAAUGGCUGUGGCGCGCUCACAGGAUGGUCCUGGCAGUCCAAGACGGACGAGGACUCGACCCACGUGGAGUUCAACCUGCCCUUUUUCAUCAAGGAUGGCUGCGUGGAGCGGGCCAUUGUGUCCGCGGGCGGUCCCGCAAUCUCGUGUAAGGAGGACGAGCUCUUUCAGCUGCACGAUUGGCAGAAUCGCAGUCCGGCGAGGAGGGAGACGGUGUCGGUGAUGGGGACGCGGUCGAGGGGGGGCGGGAAGGCCAAUGACAGCCCUCCAUCGGUACCGUACGCUAGAGAGGAGAUGGAGGAGUUUUGCGCGAUUCUACAUUAG